AAGGGUGGUCCCAAAGUCGAAACUUUUCUGUUUCAGCAGUUCACCACAGAAGAACCACCAUCCACGAGCCAACAUGCAGUCAGUUCAGUGCUUUGGAAAGAAAGGCAAUGCCACGGCUGUUGCUCACUGCAAGGCCGGUAAGGGUUUGAUCAAGGUUAACGGAGCUCCUCUCUCCCUCGUUCAACCCGAAAUUUUGCGUAUGAAGGUUUAUGAACCCAUCUUGGUUGCCGGUGCCGACAAGUUCGCUGGCGUUGACAUUCGUGUCCGCGUUUCUGGUGGUGGUCAUGUUUCUCAAAUCUAUGCCAUCCGUCAAGCCAUCUCCAAGGCUAUCGUUGCUUACUACCAAAAGUUCGUUGACGAACACUCUAAGGCUGAACUCAAGAAGGCCCUCGUCACCUACGACCGUACUUUGUUGGUUGCCGACCCUCGUCGUAUGGAACCCAAGAAGUUCGGUGGUCACGGUGCUCGUGCUCGUCAACAAAAGUCUUACCGUUAAAAUGUGGUUGGCUUUGUUCAUUAUGUAUCUAUACAAUUGAUUCUCCUUCCUUACCACAUAUCAGGGUUUUUUUUGGUAAUUAUAUAUCAAGCCAUUACCACAAUUAUAUUAGGAAGUAUUGUAACGUGUAGCCUCUGCAAUUUCGCGAUCAUACAAGUUUCAUUCGUAGCCUAGUUAAUUUAAUUUCAUGGUAGGUGGAUAUAUUAGUAUGCCUAUCCAGG